GAUUUUUAUCGGCUGCAGCUGCUCCAGUCAAGCCCUGAUGAGUAGUUAGUAGCAGGUACCUCCCCAGUUUCAUUUUUGCAAAGUAUGUGAGAUCCUCUUAGUUGGAAAAGGUUACAUCGCCCACUCAUGAGAAGAAUCUCAUAAGCACAACAUCACUUUCGGUAGCAUCGGACGACGAAAUGAUCGACAUAACGCCCGGCAGUGUCAGCAAUCCUAAUUAUCAGUAUCACUCGGCGUCGAAUGGCGGAAGCGGCGGGGGAAGCCGGGAGGACGGCGUCGGUGGCAACAGCAUGGGAAGCAGCCUCGGUGGGGGAGGAUUGCAUUCCGGCAGUGAUAACACAAUGCGUACAUCGCCCACGCACAGCCGAUUUGGACGGGAUUUUCAUUCGGAUCAUGAAGGAAUCUCGUUUGCCGGUAUGACGGACACAAGUGAUGAUAUUCCCGGCAUUGGUCAGUACGAUGAUUUCCACACCAUCGACUGGCAGCGGGACAUUGCGCGGGAUCGUAUGCGACAUCGGUACAUCGUCAAGAAACGGCAGGAUUCCUUUUGGGAUCUUAUAAAGGGAGCACACGAUGCUUCAUCGGGAUGGGUAUGCGUGUUGCUGGUAGGACUUUUUACUGGAUGCGUGGCCGGUGUUAUCGACAUCGGUGCAAGCUGGAUGACUGACUUAAAGUUCGGCAUUUGCCCACAGGCUUUCUGGUUGAACCGAGAGCAAUGCUGUUGGUCCUCGAAUGAGACCAGCUUCGUCAGCGGUAAUUGUUCGCAGUGGUUCACGUGGUCCGAAAUCCUGGCGUCGUCUCGGGACGGAGUUGGGGCCUACAUCAUAUCAUACUUUUUCUACAUUGCGUGGGCGUUACUGUUUGCUUUGCUCGCCGCUUCUCUGGUUCGCAUGUUUGCACCAUACGCAUGUGGUUCCGGUAUACCGGAGAUCAAAACCAUUCUGUCCGGAUUCAUUAUCCGCAGUUACUUAGGCAAAUGGACGUUAAUCAUCAAGUCUGUGGGUCUGAUACUGGCUGUAUCAACCGGACUCAGCCUUGGCAAAGAAGGUCCAAUGGUGCAUAUAGCCAGUUGCAUUGGAAACAUUCUGUCCUACUUAUUUCCUAAAUAUGGAAGAAACGAAGCUAAGAAGCGUGAAAUAAUAUCAGCCGCUGCGGCAGCUGGAGUGUCUGUAGCUUUCGGUGCUCCGAUCGGUGGCGUACUUUUCAGUUUAGAGGAGGUGUCCUACUACUUCCCGCUGAAAACACUUUGGAGAUCUUUCUUUUGCGCCUUGAUAGCCGCAUUUAUUUUGAGAUCGAUAAAUCCAUUCGGCAACGAGCACUCCGUCCUUUUCUAUGUGGAGUACAACAAACCUUGGAUAUUUUUCGAGCUGGUGCCCUUCAUUGGACUUGGAAUCAUUGGAGGAUGUAUAGCAACACUUUUCAUCAAAGCCAACCUCUGGUGGUGUCGGUUCCGCAAAUACAGCAAACUUGGCCAGUACCCGGUUACCGAAGUUCUGGUUGUGACUUUCAUCACUGCUGUAAUUGCCUAUCCAAAUCAUUACACCAGAAUGAACACCAGCGAACUAAUUUAUUUGCUGUUCAGCCAGUGUGGAAUAUCCAAUAGGGAUUAUCUUUGUGACUACAAUCGUAACUUCACCGAUGUCAACUCAGCUAUUGAAAUUGCGGCUGCUGGUCCGGGCGUGUACAAAGCAAUUUGGCUGCUAACGCUGGCCUUGGUCAUGAAGCUGGUGAUGACGAUCUUCACCUUUGGUAUGAAAGUACCCUGUGGAUUGUUUAUCCCGUCCUUAGCGCUGGGUGCUAUCAUGGGUCGCAUCGUUGGUAUAGGAAUGGAACAGUUAGCGUAUCACUAUCCGAAGAUCUGGAUAUUCUCUGGCGAAUGCUCAACAGGAGACGACUGUAUUACGCCCGGGUUGUAUGCAAUGGUUGGAGCAGCGGCUGUCCUCGGCGGGGUUACCAGAAUGACAGUUUCACUGGUGGUCAUAAUGUUUGAACUGACUGGAGGAGUUCGGUAUAUAGUUCCACUGAUGGCGGCUGCAAUGGCAUCCAAAUGGGUUGGUGACGCUUUGGGAAGACAGGGUAUUUAUGAUGCGCACAUAGCUUUGAACGGGUAUCCGUUCCUGGACAGUAAAGACGAGUUCCAGCAUACGACCCUAGCUGCUGAUGUUAUGCAACCAAAACGUAACGAAACUCUAUCCGUAAUUACUCAGGACUCGAUGACGGUGGACGAAAUCGAGACCCUUCUAAAAGAGACUGAACACAACGGCUACCCGGUGGUCGUGUCGAAGGAGAACCAAUAUCUCGUUGGCUUUGUUCUUCGAAGAGAUCUUAAUCUCGCUAUCGGUAAUAUAAAAAUGUUAUCCCGUAGCCUUCCCACUGUGGGUGAUGAUACUGAUUUCGGUUCAUCAACAGCAAAUGCACGGCGUCUGAUUGAUGGUAUAACUGGCCAGUCGCUGGUGAUAUUCACAUCGGCACAACCGGUACAAAAUCUGGGCCCUUCGCCAUUGAAGCUCAAGAAGAUUCUGGAUAUGGCUCCGAUCACGGUUACCGAUCAGACACCGAUGGAAACGGUUGUGGAUAUGUUCAGGAAACUAGGCCUCCGACAAACGCUGGUGACACACAAUGGUCGUCUGCUGGGUGUUAUCACCAAAAAAGAUGUUCUACGCCAUGUGAAACAGAUGGAUAACGAAGAUCCAAAUACGGUUCUUUUCAACUAGAGGGCUUCCAUUUUUACAUUUCUUCUGUUUUGUUUGUUCAAUAAUGUAUCUUCAUCCAAAUUGGUAUGCACACAGUUAUAAAUCUAUUUAUUAGACACUCACUUUUUGAUUUCAUGUAUGCAAUUGAAAAAAAAACUGAAUCUAUCCUCCUUGACGGAAGGUCAAAUAUUAGGACUGCGUUCCAGGGUACGCUUCUGAAUGCAAUAAAGUUUUACCACUAAAUACUGAUAUUUUACAAUACAACUUAGAUUGAAUUACGUUCGAUUCGAAUCGCCGAAAACUGCUGUGAACAAAAAAAGUUAGAGCAUCGUAUUAUAUAUACAUAUAUUUCUGUUAAAAUAUAUCAUAAUUUAGUGUGAACAACCUCCAUUUGGAAUAUCAUUUAGAAAGCAUCAAGAGUUAAUCGAUACCUUUCGAUCAGUUUAGAAAAUCAGCUGUUUUUGAGUAUUAGUGAGGCAGGUUUAGGCCGUAGUGAAACAGCUCUAUUAGAAAAUUUUAUACAACGUUAGCCGAUUUUGUACUAUACCAUAUUGAAAAGGGAGGGAACUUAACAAAAAAAAAAAGUGCAGACACCGAACAAAGAUGACCAUUUUCGGAUGUUUCGACUUACGUACGUGAUCGGGAAGAUUCGUAUUACCUAAUAGCCUAAAUACAGUACGUUCAAUUAUGAGCAUUUUGAAGUUCAGUUAUAACUCGUGAGUCGAUGGUUGGUUCCACGCGAAUGAUAAUAAAAUGUAUAUUUAUGUAAUAAAGUCGUAUCUUCUUAAA